AAAGUAAAUCGUCUUCCAGAGAAUCCAGGAAAAUAAAAAUUGAAAGUUGACGUAAAGUCACAUUUUUAAUACUUUUAUAUAUACAAAUUGUGACAUUUAUAAAAUUUUAAAAAUGAUUAGUAUUCUUGACGUGGAAGUCUGUCAAAAAAAUGACAGUACAUUAUCGGCAAAUGAAAUCGAAGAAAUAGUAAAAGAGGAGCUAAAUAAAUUAGAUAGUAUUGAAGUAGAUUUUGUAAUUUUGGUCGAAAACUGGUCGAAUGAAAUAAUUAAAAAUCAUGUAGUGUCAAUAAUUUGUUCUUGUACUGGUAAAAAGCUGGAGACAAUAAAUAAACAUGAUUAUUCAUCAAUGAGGUUUUAUAUUUAUCGCUUGACUGAAGAAGGAGCAGCAACUGAAACGAUGCAAAAUGAUACUGAAGAAUUGGCUGUAUCUUCUCACUGGAUUUUACCUUGUAAAGAUUUUCAUGGACUGUGGGAAAAUUUGUGCUAUGAUUCAGAUAUCAAAGAAAAUUUGUUGAAAUACGUCGAAACAACAAUGAUGUUUGCAGAUAGAAAUGUUAAUCACAAUAUCAUUACUUGGAAUAAAGUUGUGUUGCUACAUGGCCCGCCUGGAACUGGAAAAACUAGUCUUUGUAAAGCAUUGGCACAAAAAGCAGCAAUAAGACUUAAUCAAAGAUUUUCACGAGGUGAAUUAGUUGAAAUAAACAGUCACAGCUUAUUUUCAAAAUGGUUUUCCGAGAGUGGUAAACUGGUGAUGAAGCUUUUCACCGAGAUCAAAGUACUUUUAGACGAUCCCGAAUCAUUAGUUUGUAUUCUAAUCGAUGAAGUUGAAUCGCUAGCUCAUGCUCGCAAAGCCUGUAUAAAUGGUACCGAGCCAAGCGACUCAAUACGAGUCGUAAAUUCAUUACUAACUCAGCUUGAUCAAAUAAAACGUUACAAGAAUGUGCUGAUAAUGACAACAAGCAAUGUAACAGAAGCUAUCGAUUUAGCUUUUGUUGAUCGUGCUGAUAUCAAGCAGUUCAUUGGUCAUCCAGGCGAAGAUGCUAUUGCAAUGAUUUAUUAUACCUGCCUAAAAGAGCUAGAGAGGACCGGUCUACUAAAAGAUGAUGGAAGUCAGGAUAGAUCAGUAGAUGUCGAGCCAUAUUUGAAAUCAGACCUAGUGCCCACGAGUGUGGGUUUGAGCGGCAGAACUCUGAGAAAAAUUCCUUUUUUAGCUCACGCAUUACAUCUAAGUGGUAUCGACCAAUGUACAACCUCAGUAUUUUUACAUGCCAUGAUGAAAGCCGUAAAAAACUGCAAAACAGAAAUUUUAGAUCUGUCAGACAAUGAACACUCAUUAGAUAGUCAUUUAAAAAAAAAUAAUGCAUGGGGUUCGAUAUGAUACUUGUAAUUAGCAAAUAAAUUUUUUAAAUAUUUUUAAAAUUCUUUUGAAACAAAA